AUGGAGCAGGGGAAGGAGGACGGGUCGCUCCUCCACCGCAAGGUGACGCUGGGGGACGUGCUGCGUCUGCCCGUCUGGGAAGACUUCCCCGCCGCCGAGCCCAGUGCGCGGUCUGCCGCCGGUCCGCCCAAAGCUGGCCACCGGCUGGUCCUACGUUUUGGCGCCCCCCUCGUCGCCCUCUGCUGCGUUAGGGUGAUGGGAGUGGUGCUUCGACUACGGCACGAGGUGGGUCAGCGGAGCGUGGUGCUCUACAUCGACGAUGCGACGGGCGUGGUGCGGGUGGAGUACCCCGCGAUCAACCUGGCCUACCUCGCCAAGCAGCCGGAGGUGGGCGACCUCCUCGACUUCCUGGGCGAGAUCUGCUCCGACGUCACCACCGGCGAACGAUACAUCAACGCCUACGGGUCAGUCCUCACCACAUCCAUCCACCCCUGCCUUGCUGUGGUGGUGGUGUGGGUUGCUGACGUGGCGAUGAUCAUGUGCAGGAUGGACCACAAGAAGGACGGGAACUGGGAGGCGCUGCGGUAUCUGGAGAUGGUGGAUCUCUACCGACACCACUACUACCGCGAGGCCUUCAAGGACGACGAGGAAGCUGACGGCGACCGCAACGCCGAGUAUGCCGCGAUGAGCGCGUCCGCCUCCGCGGCAUCGUCGGGCGGCUCCAAUCGUGGCGGACCUGCACGGCAUCGUCGCCACGAGGAGUCCUCAAAGGCUGCGCCAUUCACGCACGUGCAGGGCCAGCGGGCCACGUACUCGUCGUCGCCUUCGCAGCCUCAAGUCAUCAGCACCGAGCCACCCGUCGACGGGGCGGCAAUCGAGGCCAUGCUGAGACAGCAGGGCAGCGCCACACUCGCCGACAUCGCCCGCCGCUUCCCCCGCUGCCAGAACCUCGUGGACGUACUCGAGAACAUGAUGUUUGAUGGGCUGCUCUACGAGAAGGAGGGCCGCUACCACCCCCUCUGA